GAGCGAGAGGAGCGGAUCGGGCUGUUUUUUGGUGUCGCUGGUAGAAAGUGGUGGAUCGCUGAGCAGUUGGGCCCCUGUGUGUCGCUAGAGAUCCCCGAGCUUCUUGUCCAGGGGCCACACACUCGUUCUUGCCCCAGUCAUGGCCAACUCCGGGCUGCAGCUCCUCGGCUUCGUGCUGGCGAUGUUGGGUUGGAUCGCACUGAUCGCAGCGACUAUUAUGCCCCAGUGGAAGAUGUCCUCGUACGCCGGGGACCAGAUCAUCACCGCCGUGGCCAUUUAUCAGGGACUGUGGAUGAGUUGCGCCACUCAGAGCACCGGGCAAAUCCAGUGCAAAGUCUAUGACUCCAUAUUACAGCUGGACGCAUCUCUGCAGGCCACCCGGGCCCUCAUGGUGGUCUCCAUCAUCCUGGGCAUAUUUGGAAUUGCCGUAUCUACCAUGGGCAUGAAAUGCACAACCUGUGGGGGAGAUGAUAAGGUGAAAAAGUCUCGCAUUGCAAUGACUGGUGGAUUUGUCUUUCUCCUUGGGGGUCUUGCAGCUCUCAUUGCCUGCUCCUGGUAUGGCAAUCAGAUUAUUCGGGAUUUCUACAACCCUCUUCUGCCAAUCAAUACCAAGUAUGAGUUUGGUGCUGGUGUGUUCCUUGGCUGGGCCGGUUCCUUCCUGGUUCUUAUAGGAGGAGGCCUGUUGUCGUGCUCAUGUUCCCGCAAGAAUAACUACCAGAAGGGGUACCCCAAGUCUGGAGCGAAGUCUAAAGUUCCAUCUUCUGGAAGGGACUAUGUCUGAUCAUGCAAACCUUGUUACACACCUUAUUCAAGCAGCACACAUCCAGGUCACAGCCCUCCACUUGCAUCCCAGCAUUCAGCACUUAAUGGAGAAGAAGAACUCCGAUUGGACAGAGCUUGCUAUGUUGUACCCCACCCCGAGGUGGCCAUGUUUGGACCCUUCCUGUAUAAUGUGCCUGGCGGGGUGAAGUGGAGGGACACUGGGGUGCUGCGUCCAACUCCAUUUGUGUGACUGAAGAAUGAACUGACAUUUUUUGUGCUUGUUAAACCUCUUUAUUAUAAUAAUGCAGCUGAUUGGCUGUGCUGGGCAAAUAUGUGAUAUGGGGGGGGGGCUUUUAUCGUUAAUGAAGUUUGUAAAGGGCAUUAUUGCGGAAUUUUAACUCAAAUGCCCAAUUCCCCAGAUUAACAAAAAGCAAGUGUGCCUGACUCUGAGUCGGCUUGCUCAUCGGGUUGUAGGGUGCCCUAGAACCCCACUAUGUAUCUUGUCUAGAUUUAUACGCUUUGUAACUUGUAGCAGAUUUGUUUCGUUUUUGUAAAUAAAACACAAUUUUUUUUCAAUGGAA